AACAAAGUUGUUUGUUUGUUUAUUUAUUUAUUUUUUUUUGUCCAUAAAUUUAUUUAUUGUACAGGAGGCUAGAGGAGCAAGAAUCAUACCACCAGGAGAGAAAGGUGAAGAGGAGGUGAAAAUGUUAAGCACAUCCAUUCCCGAAUCGUCGUCCUCAGCUUCUGCUUUUCGACCCACCGCCACACUACUUUCAGGUUUCAUUCAGAAACCCACUUCUCUUUCAUGGCCAUCUUCUUUUUCCAAGCUCUCCAUCUCCUUCGUCGCCAUUAAAGCGCCUUCUCUUUCAACUCACCAUAGAAAGUCUUUGAUUCAAUCAGCCUGGACGCGAAGAUCUCGAGGAGAAGCUGCAAAAAGAGGGAACAGGAAAUCGUGGAAGCAAAGAACGGAUAUGUACAUGAGACCAUUUGUUUUGGAUGUUUACUUUUCAAGGAGAUUCAUCCAUGCUAAAGUGAUGCAUCGAGGAACAAGCAAGGUUGUUUCGGCAGCAAGCACUAAUUGCAAGGAUUUAAGGUAUUCAUUACUAUCACCCACUGAUGAGAAUGCCUGUAGGAUUAUUGGGAACCUAAUUGCUGAGAGAUGUAAAGAAGCUGAUGUGUUUGUAAUGUCUUAUGAUCCUCCAGACAUGGAAAGAAUUCAAGGCAAAAUUGGGAUUGUAAUUGAUACUAUUAAGAAGAAUGGUAUUCUAUUCGUCUAGGCUUUGUUAUUCAUCUUCUCCAUGUAAAUUGGUCUCCUCUCUAGUCUCUACCAUACAGUCUAUACUAAUAUAAUAAAUUUCGUCUCAAA